CACAGGCCAACUUGAGUUCUGGCUAAUGCUGCUAGAACCGCCUCAGUCAACGCCCCAUCUCUUUUCUCAUGUCUAGUUGGAAGGAUUCGCGCAUCCAUCGCUCCUAAAACGAUGGGCGACGCCAAAUCUUCUUCUUGUGCCCUCGGCAUUGCUCUCCUUCUCGCCUUCGUUGUUUCCAUCAGGUCUUUGUUGACUCUUGAGCCUUUGCGCGUGCGCCCAUCGGUCAACUCGAAUACAAAGAAGCGAGUUGCACAAAGAACCGCAGUGGCAUCAUCCUCGACGCCGCUCAAAUAACGCCGAAAUGGCGCGAUCCCGCACCCCAGAGGGGCGGCCGUCUCCCUCGUAUUUUGCGUCAAUGGAUUUCUUCACCAACCGAUCUAAGGAGCUUCAAGCGAGCAUGGCGAAUCCUGAGUCGCUACCAAAACGCAUAACAACCCCUGCUGGGCAGCGUCUUUCCGUUAUCGUGGAGGACAAACACAUGUCAACGCACUCGCGAUGGACGAAAUCAACAGCUGCUCUCCCAAGACAACCGAUGGACUCAGUAUCAGAAGGCGACAGCGUUGGCGAUGAGAAACUCAAUCAAUUGCGAGCCCUCCGAGAAAAGAAACAGAUCGCGAAAAGAGGAGGAUGGAAACGCCUUGCUCUUGUGAUAGUACUGUUCAUCUGUGUCAUCGUCGCGGUCGUCGUGGGUAUCGUCUUCGGUCUGCGCGAACGGAACAAGAACAACCACCAUGAUUCUUCCGGGAACACUGGCAACACUUCGCCGACAUCUUCAGCUCCUCCAACAGCUACCGACGCGUCUGGCAGACCGGUGGAUUUCCCUGCUGGCUCAUACUCCAUGUCUACGUACCUGGAUACCGUACAAGCGAAUUGUACGGAGAACGCAGCUACUUGGACGUGCCCACCGUAUCAGACCUACAACGAAAACCCCGGACAACAGCCAACAACAUUCAACUGGGUCAUUACUAAGGACGGUGACUCGUAUAAGAUUUCUCAAAACGGCAACAAUCCUUUCGCUUUGUUCGAUUUGGACGGUCAGACUCUUACUUUGGUCGACGAGGGUCAAGACUCUGAACGCUACACUUUCCGCAUGACGAUGAACAAAUCGAACAUGCCAUCUGCAGAUAUCACUGGCCAGAACAUCGCUUCGACGUGUUACUUCAACGGAACAACCGUUACGGGCACGCUCUACACCAAGAUGGAAAGAGACUAUCCUUCGUCGAAUGCACAAGCAUCAGCCUACCUUCCGUGGCCCUACAAAGUCAGAGUAGAACAGACUAUUGCUGGAGGUGACAAUGUCCCCGCCUGUUAUCGGAAUGACAAUCAGCAACAGAUCACCGAUGGUCUUUCCGCACAGGGUGCGUCCACAAUGUGCAGCUGUUUGUACAGGAAUUGGUUGACUCCCGAUCCGAACUGAUGUGUACAUCUUGAGGAUGGUGUUUAAUAUACAAUUGUAAUGUAAUAUAAUAUGCGAGCACCCCUGCGCUUGGGUCCUUUUUGGAGCGUGGAGUACGCUGGCAUUGCGGUUUCAUUUGUGAUCAUUGCUCUGCUUUCCAGUGUGACAUGUGGCUUCAAUAGAAUAUAUUGAGUUUUACCUUAUUC